UUGUUUUUUGUUUUGAUUGCAGACAUUGGGAGACGUUGGUUUAGUGUUUAGACUUCAGGCAGAAGUGAAUGUGCCACAUUUCAAAGAAUUUCAAAGAAUAUCAAAUAAAAGUCUGCAGCUUUUUAACAAGCUUUUUUUGUUAUCUCCCAGCAUAUUUGGAUGAAGAGUUAAAAUACUAGUGUGAAAUAAUAACACCCAGAAAGAGAAAACAGAAAAAAAAUAUCCUAGGAAAUUCCCAACAUUUCUAUCGUUUUCUGUUGUCAAAAUGCUUUAUGGAACUAAAUUUCGUUUUCCAGUCAAGGUGGAUGACAAGAUUUUUCCAACAAAUGAUCCAAACAUUACAGUGGUUAGUUUCAUAGGAAAAACUAAUCUGGUUAACCAGCUUCCAACAAAAAUCACUUGCAUAAAUGAUUACUUUAAACACCCUAUCUUUCAGAAUAGUGAAAUCAGUGAGGAGAGUUCAAUAGAGGGUUACUUCUGCCCCAAGAAAAAAGUCUUGUUUCUUUAUUGCAACAAUAUUUAUGAUACAAAUACAUUGUUGAUGCUUGAUAAACUGGAAUUUGACAACUUGUUUGAAAAGGGUUUCCUGCACUAUUUUUCGAAUUUGAGAGAUACUUCAACAAGACAUCUGAUCUUUUUGUUUCUCGUUUCUCAUAUCUGUGUUGUAACUAACGCCAGCUCCAAUUUCGAUUUAAACUACAUCCAGUUAUUCAAAACAUUGGACAGUGUUAGGAUAAAAUUACAGAGUAGUGUUGCAGAGGUACUGAAAACUGUCCCUGGCUUACCAAAGGAUUGGUUGACACUUGGUAGACUUUGCUCUCCACGUGUGCUCUUCUACUUUGAACAGAGACCACCUGUCCUUGAUGACAAUUUAAAAUCCCUACAGCAUUUAAUGGAAGAUCAAAUAUACAGGUUACUCAGAAAAUGCCGCGUGAUAACUAAUGUUUGCACAAAUUCACUCUUCGCUAUUCCAAGCAAUCAAGAGUUUGUUUUCUUUAAACCGAAGCAACAAGACAGAUUCACGUUUUUGUUAGAUUUGUUGAAUGAUACAUUUGAAAUUGGGAAUUCUGAGAAUUCAAAUGAUUUUCGUGAAUUUCUUAACCAACAUAUAGUUCUAGCUCAAACUGAAGGUUUUUCUGAUAACGUGGGAAGACACAUUGGGCCAAGUAUUUUUGUGCUUCCACCAGCAAGGGUGUGGUUUGACGUCGCGUUCAAGUUGUUUGACUUCUUUACCAACAGUCCAGCCAGUGGUAUUAAGGGAUUCCAGCUACUACGUUCCAUUCUGGAUGUCGAAGGACAGUUCAGUGAAGCUCGUUGUUUGAAAGUUCUCCCUUUGGCUUUAGCGGCGUACCAAGAAAAUUUACCCUCUCAUUACAGUUCACAAUAUCACGAAAAUAAGAAAACGCAAGCCAAAGCACUGCUUUCUAGUCACGGUAGAGGUCCGGCUGUGCAAAAGUUUCUCGGUCGUCUGGAUGUCGAGUGCGAUCGAUUUUGGCGUAACGGUCGGCGUAUGUGCGAAUUCCCCAGCAUUAUUGGCAAUCCUUGCAUUCAGCCCGUGCACAGAGUUGUCGGCGAAGAGAAUGGUGAAAACAAAUUAUCGGUUCUUCCUCAUAUGAGUGGCGUGCGCUAUGUCUCGGCGUGUUCGUGCGGUAGACGUCAGGCCAACCGAGAAGAUCCAUACGAUGUCAAAUAUGCCAAUUACGAUUUCUAUCGUCUGAUUGAGGAGGAAUGUUGCGGCCGUCUUCGACACAUUACGUUUCCGAUAUUCAAACCCAGCAGCGAACAUUUCGAAGCGGCAAAGUUGAAGGGUUCUUCUAAAUCGAUGCACUUUGCUAAAGACGUCGAGAAAUUGAUUACGGGAACUGAGGAUUUGAGUCUCGGGCCGGACGAAAAUGAAUUUCCUGCUCUGUCGGUGGAUCAUUUGAGUCAAGUUGCAGCAGACGACCACGAAGAUUCGCAGACUUCUUUGGGAAAAGGAGAAGCUGCCGAAGCCAUUGACGAUGAAAAUAUGAUUGAAAUCACUGGAACUCACGAACAGCCAACCAUAUCCACUCGAGACUUUUCCACGACUGAAUAUCUCCCCUGCAUGCUUCACGUGCAUUCACCCGUGGGCAUCUUGCCACGUUACUCCUCUUGGAGUCUAGUUUGCCUGGGUUCGUCCAGUUUGUAUUCACACAAUGCAGGUUUAUCAGAUCAACCAGGAUUCCUUACCGGUUCCGGCUUCCUUUUGCCAUGGGACAUCCCCGUACGUUUACAGCACAACGAUUCCAAUAGCCUGGAAAGUCGUCGUACGCAUAACAUUGGGUACUCUGGUAAAGGAAAGCGUGCCAAACAAGGACAACACGAGUUUACUGUCAAAGUUUUCAUCGGAGUGGAAUACGAAUGUCCACGGGGACACCGAUUCAUGAGCUCGUCUCCUGGGCGAGUCCUUAAAGCUACAGGUGCCGGAUUAGUCAAAGAUUCUGCUCAGCUUAUUACGCAGAAUGAUGUCCCACUUUAUCUACCUUGUCCUUGUCCCUACAAUCGAGGUGGUAAAGCUUUGAUUGCCCAGCUUAUGCGACUUCACGUAGUGACGCCGAAAGCCGCUGUUCAUGUGACGAUAGAUCCUAAAGUCCGACCGGCUCCGCCUCCGUGCCCUGAAUUUAUCACUGGAUUUUCAGAACCCGUUCAACUGUCGCCGAGCAGUUACUGGAUCCUGCGCUUUCCUUACGUUUACGAAGACGAAAACCAAAUUUAUACUCUUCCUAAAGAAAGUUCACGCGCAGCUCAACACGGCUACCUUUUGAAAGGAACUUGUGGAGUAGUAGAACUAGCAAAUGAGUGAAACAAUACAAUGUUUGAACUAUGUUAA